AUGGUCAGCAACUCUGUUCUCAUAAUUAUUGUGCUUGCUUGUGCCCUCACAUCCGUCUCACUCGCGGCGGGCAUAUUUACGGUCGUCAAUCCUGCCCAAGACAAAUUAUGGACGCCGAGCCUAGAGCAACAAAAGUACAUGCGAGAGGUCAGAACUCGGCACUUUCGUCUCUUACUAGGAGAAAGAACUGUCAAACGUGACAAUUUCUCGAGAGCAACGGUGGACAUUGAAGGCGAUGCAGGCUUGGAAAAUACAAACCAGACAUGA